GAGAGGAGAGGAGGAGGACUGAUAUCUGCUGCUGAAAGCCUGUCUAAGCUUCUGGAAGCUUCAGGAAGAUGCUCUCUGGAAUCUAACACCAAAGCUGGGAGAUCAUGCUGACUUUCGAUGAGCCCCCCUCCACCCAGACCAGCAGCUCCUUCAGGAACAGCUGGGCCACCAACCAAUUAAAUGUCAAAUGUGUUAAAGCAGAGCCCUGCAGAGCCCUGGAGGACACGUUAGAGUCCCGGGGAGAGGAGGAAGAGAGGCACGGUGGCGAGGAGGACGGAGAGGAACAAGGUGUGAGGAGAAGGGGGUCUCAUAAGAAAAAGUUUAGCCAGGCACGGCUGGACCGGGUCCGACUGCGGCGCAUUGAAGCAAAUACGCGGGAAAGAAACCGCAUGCACAGCCUGAACAGCGAGCUGGACAUACUGAGGAAAGUAGUUCCGUGCUACUCCAACACGCAGAAACUCUCCAAAAUAGAUACACUCCGCCUUGCUAAGAACUACAUCUGGGCCCUGAGUGAGACUCUGAGCAUUGGGAAAAGGCCGGACCUACUCACCUUCGUGCAUACUCUGUGCAAGGGUCUCUCCCAGCCCACCACUAACCUGGUGGCCGGCUGUCUGCAGCUGAACGCCCGCAGCUUCGUCUCGGAGCCCGGCGGGGAGGCUUUCCCCUUGUACCCGGGGUCCUAUAACCACCCCCGCGGGCCUGAGGCGGUGGGCUCCGGCUCGGCGGACAGGCCUCCCCGGUCCUUCGGCUCUUUCUGCGGCCCUGCCCUGUAUGACAGCCCCUCUCCGGACAGCCCCCCCGAUGCAGGGGCACUCAGCCCUCCUAUGAACUUCAACGGGAUCUUCUCCCUGAAACACGAGGAGCCCGGGGACUACCGGAGCUGCCACUACGGCCUCCGGUACUGCUCCAUCGGCCAGGGCUCCUCCGCGGACCCGUAUGACAUCCACCUCCGGAGCCAGUUUUACCAGGUGCAGGAGGACUUAAAUAAACCUUUCCAUAAUUAAUAACGAUAGAGAUGUUGAUUAAAAACAUUUAGAAAUGAUAUUUUUGGGGGGCGUGCUAAUUUUUGCUGCCUCCUGUUGAACGAUAGUCAAUUAAUCUUAUUUAAUCUAAUUAAAUGUUCGUUGUCUGGGGAUAGCUGUGGCAGACACACACACACUCACACACACAUUUGCAGACACAGGUGGGGACACGCCAACAUUUAUUUGUGGUUUGUUUGGUGGUUUAAUCUUUACUAAAAACGAACCACAGCGUAAUAACACAAAGUAAGGCACAGGGACCUAUGCAAUCUGCAUUUCUAGUUAUUUAUUAAUUUAAUAUGAUAAUCAAUGUUGUUUUCCUGUGUGAAACUUGUAUUGGAAAUAGGGUGUAAAUAACGAAUUAUAUGUGUGUAAGUGGGAAGCUGGAGUUAUUCCCACUGUAUGUAGGCGUGUUGUGGAAUGUGCAGCCAUUAGGCCCAUUGAGUUAGAUAUUGGUGGUAAUAAUGUCGCAUUACACUCAGGCCUUAACAUAUUUCAAAGAUUCCUCUAUGACUAAAUAAAGCAGAAUAACAAAAAUAAUUACCUGUAAUUAAAUGUAGAAACACUGUUUUUUGCUCUAGCUGGGCCGACAUAAGAAUGUGCUGUUGACAUGUGAUGUGAUAUCAUGGUGAUUUAUUUGGCCCUCAGUGGGUGUGGCAGCUGUUUCUCUCUUACUCUUUUUUAAAAUGGAUGAGUCUGCCUUCAUUUGGAUGCCAGACAGGACUAAUGAAAACGUGUUUGUCUGUAAUGUUGGCGUUUUAUUGGCAAAUUGAUGUCAGAUAUUAAGUCGAUUGUUGUGGAUGAACUGUUCUGGUGCACUUUGCUUUAUUCAACUUUGUUUUAUACAACAAAUAAAACACAAGUUAAAACCAAUGAUGAAAGUAUGAGAUAUUCUUAAUGUAUGCAUGUUGUUCUUAGAUUUUUGAAGCAUCAACCAGUUGUUAUGAGGUAUUGGUGCUGUUUGAAGAACUUAUAAGGCCUAUUAGAGAUUGUAUUUAUCAUGUUGAUCCUAUAAAUCAGGAGAGAAGUUGACAUCUUGAAUAUUUGUGUGUGCAUAUAUAAAUAUAAAUAUAAAUGUAGCCUCGCAGUGUUUUGGCUUGCAGGCAGUUUUUUUUGCAGAUUAAAAAAAACACAUUUGUAACAUAACCCUGCUCUGAAUAUAGCAAAAAAAAA